AUGAGAAGCUUCAUUCUACAAACGGCACUCAUAGCCGCAACCCUCCUGUCCACCUCCAACGCAUCCCCCAAAGGCCCUGUCGACACUUACAAAAAAUGUCAACGACAAACAAAGCGUGCCACAGAAGGCUGUCCCAAAGGCACCCUGUUCGUCGCUAAAGAUGAUCCCCGGGCAGAUUUCACCUCUAUCCAAGAUGCCAUCGACUCCCUCGGCAACACCACAAUCGCUGGCCACAUUCUGAUUGCCCCCGGCAACUAUACCGAGCAAUUAAACGUCACCCGCCGAGCUCCUCUCCACUUAAUUGGUGCUUCCAAUGCACCUUGGGUAAAGGAACUUUAUGCGGAUAUCGACGUCAACUCGACGGCGCAGAAUGAUGUGCAAAUUUGGUGGAACUCGGCGAAUCGAAAUGACGGCUCUAUGAGUGAUAACGUGUACACGAGCGUUUUGACGGUUGGACCUACCCUUAAUGCUACGUUGACAGGGGCUGGGCCCACGGGGUUUGCAGUGCCUGCCGAUACGCCUUUUGGGUGUACUGACUUCCGGGCGUACAACAUCGAUUUCAGGAAUGACUAUGCGCCGAGAUCUGCGGGGCCGGCGCAUGCUGUUGGAGUCAGCAGAGCCAAUGCAGGCUUCUAUUCGUGUGGAUUCUACAGCUAUCAAGAUACGGUCUAUGUCGGAAAGCUUGGAAAUGCCUUCUUCUACGACAACAUCAUCGCUGGAGAGACAGACUUCCUUUAUGGUUUCGGUACAGCAUGGAUUGAUCGCUCAACACUGUCCCUUCGUAACUGCGGCGGUGGCAUUACGGCAUGGAAAGGUUCGAUUACAUCCUUCACUAACAAAUACGGCGUCUACAUCGACAACACUCAAGUCAUCCCCUCCAACUCCACAAUCGCUACAAACCUAGUUGGAAAGUGCCCCCUUGGCAGACCAUGGAACUCACAGCAUAAGUCCAUCUUUAUGAACUCCUACCUGGAUGCCAUUAUCUUGCCGGCCGGGUAUAUCGAGUGGAGUGUUGCUACGCCACGUGUGGAUAAUUAUACCUUCAUGGCGACGUGGCACGAUCAUGGACCGGGGUAUGAUGUCGAGGCUGAGAAGGCGAGUGGUAUUACCAAGGUUUUGACGGAUAAGGAGGUUAAGCCUUAUAGAUCUCCUGCUGAUGUGUUUCAAACUCCUGAGGGUAAGUUUGGACAUGUUGGUUGGAUUGAUAAGAAGGCGCUGUGA